UCAUAUCAGUUCUUCGUACUAUACUUCCUAGCGAGCACUAGAGGCGCCACUAUCCACAGCUAGCGAUCUGAAGACAUGGCCACCAACAUCACUUUCCACCCAGGCUCGGUGAGCGCGGAGGAGCGCGCGACGCUGCUCUCCCAGAAGGGGGUCACGAUCUGGUUCACGGGGCUGAGCGCGAGCGGAAAGUCGACGAUCGCCUGCGCGCUGGAGCAGCACCUCCUGCACCUGCACAGGUUCGCGUACCGGCUCGACGGGGACAACGUCCGCUUCGGGCUGAACAAGGACCUCGGGUUCGACGAGAAGUCGCGCAACGAGAACAUCCGCCGGAUCGGCGAGGUCGCGAAGCUCUUCGCGGACGCCUCCUGCAUCACCAUGACCGCGUUCAUCUCGCCGUACCGCGCGGACCGCGCGGUCGCGCGCGCGCUGCACGAGCAGGCGGGCAUCGCGUUCGUCGAGGUCUUCGUCGACGCGCCCCUCAGCGUCGUCGAGCAGCGCGACCCCAAGGGCCUGUACAAGAAGGCGCGGGCGGGCGAGAUCAAGGACUUCACCGGAAUCUCUGCGCCGUACGAGGCGCCAGAAUCCCCGGAGAUGCACAUCAGGACGGACGAGUGCGACGUGACGGAGGCCGUGAGGCGGAUCACCGAGUACCUCUCUGAGAAGUCGUUCAUUUAAGUUAUCGCUUUGUGCACUUGCUAAGUACAUACUACUCCCUGUUUCGCACUCCCGUCUUCUUGGCUAUCUUGGUGUGUAGGCAUAGACAAAUUCCAUAGAGCUCAGUGCAUUUCCCCACAGAUGCGAAGGCGGCGUACAUACAUACAUUAUAACAGAUGUCGCGAGACGCACAAUGCCCGGCAUUGGUCGUGAUGACAC